GCAAAUGGCCACGGGUGCAAUUCACGUAGUCUCAGAGAUGCGAUAUCAAACGGAAUCAUAUUUUUCAUGUGAAACAACAUCGUCAAUGAUGAUGAAGCAACAGUGAUUGUUGUUACGCGUGUAUAUAUUCGAUAGUAGAGUUAUUCGCGAUUUUCUUAAGGUCGCAUAAUUGAGUUUUCCGCGGGAAAACAAUGUCUGGAUAUCGAAGAGUGAAUUACUACGAACUGUGCAGAUUGUGUACCAGCAGCGAGGGUAACAAAAUGAACAUUUUUCGCGAAGAAGGUCGUAGACGGCAACUUCAAACAAAGAUACAAACAUGUUUACCUAUACAGGUUUUGGAAGAGGAUUCGUUACCAAAAAUCGUUUGCCAUGAAUGUGUAAAGAAAUUGGAAAGUUUUAUUGAAUUUAGAGAAACUGUUGUAAGCGCAGAGGGUAUGCUAGAGUCAUAUUUCACUUCUUUACGAUUCUCGGAAGAUUUUCUAAAAGAGGGUAAGGUUUAUGUAAAAAGCACAGAGAAGGAUAGACCUACGACACCUGAAAACGAAUUGUUAAAGUCGAUGGAAAAAGUAUCACCUACUACGGGAACUCCGAUACUUACCAACGAACCGCAAAUACAUCAACAACCUGUUGUUGUUAGUAACAUAAAUGCUUCUAAUAUACAAAUUAUCAGUGGAGUUCAAGCCAGAGUUCAACAGUACAAGUGUGCCAUGCAGAUGCAACCAGGAGGUAUGGCAGCUGCUGUUGUGGAAGCAACAGCAGAAACGCAUUAUAGUUACCAGCAACAAACGUCGCAACAAUUAUCACCUCAAUCAAAUGAAGCACAAAAUCAAAUAAACGAACAACAAAGCUCAACUUCUCAGAUUCAACAAGUUCAAAAUCAAAUACAAAAUCAUGGUCAAAUAAAUCAGCAAAUACAGUCACAAAGACAAAUCACUCAACAGUUGAAUCAGAUGGCUCAAAUUUCUCAGCAGCAAAAUCAAACUCAGGUCAGUCAACAACAACAGAGUCAAUCACAGAUAACGCAACAGAUUGAACAGUUGCAAAGACAGCAAAGAGAAUUUGAAAAGCAACAUAGACAGCUUCAACAAAUCGAAAAGCAACAAGUCGAAAUCGCUACGGAACAGGAAUUUCCUAUAAAACAGGAGGAGAUUAUUCUAAAGACAGAACCUGAUAUUAAACAAAAUCAGCAAAUCAUUCCGAAAGUACAACCUGAAGUCCAAAAAGAUGAAAGUGCAGCGCAAAAUGUAGCAAGUUUCUCAGCUGUACACGCGGGGCCAGAAGUAUUUUUAAAUUUGGGAUUUAAAGACACUACAUUGGUCACGCAAACUAUUCGAGAAGACUCGAAAGAGUUUAAAGAUUUUGUAAAAACCGACGACGCGAUAUCUCGUACGUCGAUUGGACAAAUCUCAGAGUUUUUAAAAAUCAAAUCGACACCCGAACCAACGUCUUUAAUUACCGUAAAUCCUCAAGUUGUUACGCAAACUAGGGACAUGGUUUGCAAAGAUUGCGGUAAAACAUUCACCACAGCGACUCUACUGAACAAUCACAAUUGCUCCAAUGCAUCGUUUAAUUCAAGGUCUAGUUUACUUCAAACUCUUUUAACCGACACCUCUGAUGGUGGAAACAAAGAAGAUCCUUUGCAAACUAAUAAUAAUUCUUUUAGUUGUGAUGUGUGUGGUAAGCCGUUCAAGCGAAGAGAGCAUCUUUAUCAGCAUCGAAAGUUGCAUACUGGUGAACGUCCAUUUGUGUGUGCCACGUGUUCGAAAGCAUUCAGCCGCAAAGAGCAUCUGGUUAGGCAUUCUGUAUCUCAUACAGGCGAAAAGAUGCACGAGUGCGAAGUGUGCGGUAAAAGCUUUUCUCGGAAGGAUAAUCUUCAUAAGCAUCGCAAAACGCACGGUGUAUCUGGUCCAUACAUCUGUGAAACUUGUGGAAAAUCGUUUGUGGUAAAACAUUAUUAUUUAAUGCAUUUGACAACUCACGCGUCAACUACCGGUGAUGGUGUGAAUUGUCAAGAUCCCUUGCCGUAUAAGUGCGAUCUUUGUCAUAAGGCAUUCUCUGUAAAACAGUAUCUUACGACUCAUAAACUUAGGCAUAGAUCAAAGAAUAGUAAUAAUUCUGGCCAAAAUACUGUAAACGGUCAUCAUCAACAAACUCAACAAUCUAAUACCGCAAACGAUGCAAACUUAGUGGGAAAUAACGUUACUAAUUCUGGAAAUCUAAAUAAUAACAAUGGACAGUCUAAUAACGAAUCAACAGUCGAGAUGCAAAGCGUUAUCGACAAAGCUGACGAACCAAAUGCUUCGUUUGAUAACCAGUACCAUAGUAAUAUACAAGAGUUCCAAUGAGAUAAGGGGAAGCGUGUCUAUUAUGUUCUCUUGCCAAAUGGUAACAAUCAUAAAAUCGUUGUUGUCUAGGCAAGGGAAACUUUACGACGCGCCAAUAUAUUUUCUUAACUAUACAUGCCAUUAUUCGAAAACAAAAAUUUUUUAUACUUUAAUACCGUGAAAAAUGGAUUUAAACUCUAUUAUUUUUAUCAUUUGUUGUUUCUUCAGUCAAAAAGUAAUUUACAGUGUUGGUAAUUUACAGGUUAAAAGCUUAACGUGAAGUUGUUGUAUAGGUAUUUUGCCGGGAAAGUAUUACAUGUAUAAAAUGCAUGCUAUGUUUUAUACAAGUGCACACAGUUAUUUAAUAUAAAAAACAAGAUGUGUGUUGCAAAAUUUAAAUAUACGUAGAUAGUCAUGAGGUUGUUUCAAUACCUGAUUAGAUUUAUAUUUCAAGCACUAUUGGCUUCAAAAAUAUACGUUAUUUUAGUUGUUCCUAUUAUUAGAAUUAGAUUAGUAUGUUAAGAACAGAUGGAAGUUCUUACAAGAUUUUAUUUGAUAUUUGUUAUAUAUUUUCAUUAAUAAUUAGUUGAAUAAUUAUGAAUUAGAUUUUGAGUUGAAAACAAUAAAAUCAGAUACGAGCAAAAUUAAAUUAUAUUCUGCUUUGUGCAAUAUUUUGAUAGGUAAUUAGUUAUUGAGGUUAAUGAAACAAUUUCAUUUGUAACCAGUGAUUGUAACAAUCUAUGACCAUUUUACAAAGUAUUUUAGAAUUACAUGGUUUGUAUGUAAACUUGAAAUACGAGACAAAAUCUAAGACCAAAGAAAUUUAUAUUAUGUAUAAAUUGGGUAAAUAAUACCGAAGUAGAGGUAUAAAUAUAAGAUACGAUCAGGCAUGGCCUAGCUUGAUUAACUCUAUUAUGAUUAAAACAUUGGUUAAGCGUGUAUACAACAUAUACUGCAUAGUACUUUAUAAUAUGUACAAUGAGUCGUUUACCGACAUAUGAGAGUGUGCCAUACAGUGAACUUUGGGAAUAAGCAUACAAGAAAUUAUAAUUGUCGAAACAUAUAUUGACCAAAAUCGAGCCAAUUUAAACGAAUUUGUAUUUAUCGAGACACAUUCGAUUCUAUUGCAUCUAUGUGUAAUUAGAAUAUAUUGUUGAUUAAGUUGCAUUUGUUUUUAUCUAACUUUUUCAUGUAACAAGAUUAAGAACAGGGAGCAACUAUACUCGAAACAAAAGUUCCCAGUGUAUCGUACUAAAACAUCGUCUGUCUACUUAUUAAAUUUUGUAUUUGUGCACAAUAGAUGUAGAUACAAAAAUUCAUAAUGUAUUCGAAAUCACUAUUGUUUGUUAAGGUAUUUAAUUUGUCUGUUUUCAUACUUUCUCCCAAUGUUUAGUGUUACGUGAUAAAUAUCGAUGCCAGGUAUAGAUCGCACAAUUUUAUGUUGCAAUGACGCGCGAUAACUUGCAUUGUUUGCCGAAAUAAAUGUAAAACUUUCAUUCAAAGUGUGAAUGUAAAUUUGUUAUUGAAUAUACAAUAGCAAAAUUUUGUUCUCACAGAGUAAACGUCUUAACAUGUAAGGAAACUUUCCAUAGUACAACAAAUUUAUUUUAAUUACUGGUCAGACUUUAUUUUAUCAUAAAGUCUUGUACAUAUAUAUUGAAACAGAAGUAAUGACUUUAAGACUGUGUUUCUAUAUCACCUAGUACUAGGUGUACGUUGGAAGUACAUAGAUUUAUAGUAAUAAUGUUGUACAUACCACGAUCCAGUGAGUAAGAUAAAAAAAAAAAAACUGUUAGCACGCUGUUCCUAAGGAAAUGGUAUUUUCUGCAAAACAUAAGAAUGCUAUACUCAUGUGGAAGUCUUGUAAAGUAGAUAUUAAAUCCAAAGACACAGUGCUUUUAUUAUUUACAUAUUUGUGCCUAAUUAUAACAAAUCGCAUAUUUUAUACACUUGUGUAUAAAAUCAUGUAAGUAUCUUACUUUUUAGUAGCCCCCUGAUAUGUGUAACUCGCAGCAAAAUGACAUUAAGUAAUUGCUCAGACACAAUUAUUUUCGUAAUUUCUACUUCUAAGUUUUUCCCCUUACAUUGUACAUAUUUCCCAACCAAUGCUAUAUUUAAAUAUAUUAUAAUAAAUUAAAGAAUUAUAUACUUUUCAUUGACCAUCUUCCUGUACGUAUAUUUUAUCGAUGUGUACCGUGAGACUUCAUUUAAUUUUAUAUUAAAUAUAAAUUUAAAAAAAAAAAAUCUGAACGGUAGAAUUGAGUGAAUUUUAAAAAAUUAAUAAACCUGAGAUCCAAUUAUGCUCGUACGAUAAGAUAAAACAGCUCUACGAUUCAUAAUUUUUAGAGAAGCGAAAUUUACGGGCGUCGCCAAAUGCGUUUCUCUCUCGCACAGACAGUAGAGACAUUGUUUCAAACGUGAGCAUUCAUACCAGAGGGGACACUCCAGGACGCUCCGUUCGCGUACGCUGUGUCGUGAAAUUGACGUGAGCGUCCUUUAACUACUAAACAACUGUAAUAAGUGGUUGUAAUAUUAAAAUAAAUAGUCAGGUA